CAGGUCGGCUCUCAGCCAAUAAGAACACAGCUGCAACCCGGAAACGAGGCUAGAGCUUAAAAAAAGGCGCCUGAUCAAAACAGGGGGGAAGCUACAGAGGCCAUGAGUUUCUCUCCUCAUCCUCCCAGUCUCUCUGGGAGCAACAGUGUGGAGGAGCAGAGGAGCCGCUGGGAGAGAAAACGCAGCCGAGCAGCCAAAGAACUGGUUCAGACGGAGCAGCACUACUGCCAGCAGCUGGAACUGGUCACUACAUUCUUUGUGGAAAUCCUUAAAGCCAAAGGAACCUUAAAGGAGGAUAUUAGAGAAGCAAUCUUCAGCUCAAUCAAAUCCAUUCUGUCCAUCAAUCGAUCGCUGCUGGUCCAUUUGGAAAACGGCUACAUCGGGAAAGGCCUGGAAACAUUCUGCUCACAGUUGCAUCACUACAACAGCUAUGUGGACAAUAUCUACAAUGCUAACAAAGUGCUGGGGAUCCAGCUGAAGAAAAACAAAGCCUUCCGCCGCUUUAAGACGCUCCAAGAGGCUCGACCGCAGUUUGAAAACCAGAAGCUGGAGGACUUACUUCAGAUGCCAGUUCAGCGAAUUCAGCAGUAUAAUCAGUAUCUGCAAGAACUUGCUGCCAACACUGCUCCAGACCACCCAGAGUUUGAACAACUCUCAAGGGCUGUCGAUGCUCUGUCUGAAGUAUCCCAACGUAUCAAGGACAACGCUCAGCGCCAUGACAAUCACCUGCAGCUCUGCAGAGUGCAGAAACUGCUGAAAGGCCGGAAGGCACAGGUGUUGGCUCCAGGGAGGUGGUUCAUCCGGGAGGGCUGGCUGAACAUCGUCCCUCCAAAGGGUUCAGAGACGAAGCCCAAGAUGUUCUUCCUGUUUUCCGACCUGCUGCUGGAGGCCAAGUGCUGCAGUCCGCUGUCCUUCUCCAGCGGCAGAAAAUACGUGGGCCAGCAUGCCUAUCCACUGAGAGACGCCGCCAUAGAAAAGGUGUUUGGCCACACCAGGAGCAGCGGAGGCCUGCUCAGUUUAACCUUCCCCAAAGUGAAGCUCCUGCUGAUGUCCAGCAACCAGGACGACUUUAAUGACUGGUACCAGUGCCUGAGCUCAGCCAUUAGGAAGCUGCAAACUUCACACACGGUUGUUCAGAGAGAAGAGCCUCGUCACACACCUCUUCCCAGUACGGUGGCCCACAGCAACCAAGUCAGGAAGAGAAACAUGAGCGGCAUAGAGUCCUCAAAGCAUCCGAGGCCCCUGGCUGAGCUGCAGUGUAGCGCUCAGAAGAGGACAAAGCAGUAAAGUGAUGCAGAGCAAAGAGCAGGAGCUUCCAUCCAGACCUCCUGAUCCUCUGAAGGACGUCUUCGGUCUCAGAUUAACGCUGAUAAACAGUCAUCUGAGAAUACCCACCAGCCAGAUGUUUUUCCUCUCUUUAUUUCCACUUGAAAGCUUUUUAUUAUUGCUUCCCUUCUCAUUACUGGCUGAUUCUGUUACCUACAGAACAUCUAAUGAACAUUUAUCAAUGAGUUUCUCCUGCUGCCUCCUUUGCAGUGAGUCACAUAUAAUCCAGAGAUAAUCCCACCUCAGUAGGAAUAUGAUAUAUCAUGUUAACAUUGAACCUUGCUGCUUGAAGUUAAUCCACAUUCUAUAUGCCAAAGAUUAUAAGCUGAUUAUAACAUAGAAGUCAUUAUACAACAUUAUUUCCUCUCUCUUGUAUUUAAUAUUUUUCUUCCUUUUUACAGAUUUUAUAAUUAUUAACCUUAUAAUUGUCACUAUUUUACUACUUUUAUCGUUUUUUUAUUACUCAAAAUGCUUUUUAAAGCUGUUACAUUGAUUUCAAAUAAAACUGAAGAUGAUAAUUAUAAUAUAUCCUCAUAAAAUGAAACAAA